UCAGUUAGUGCUCGGCUCACUCUUCUGUCAGGAGUCCCAACCUGAAGAGACUGAAGUAAGGAUGGCAGUUUGGGACAAAAAGAUUCUCUGGGCCGUCAUGGUGGUCCUGACAGGAGCUCUGGGUCAAAGAGUGAACUAUCCAGAUCCUGUUUGUGGUAUAAAAGGAUCGACCAUCACCCUCCCCUGCUCCUUCACACCACUGGAGUCUCUCUAUGACUAUUAUGGAAGAGAAGAUUUCUUCAACAUCAUCAGAGUCUUCUGGUGCAAGAACCAUCCAAUCUGUCAGAGAGGGACUCCGUCUGUGUACGACAGCGAAUCAAACAACAACAACCCUCGUUACAGAUACCUGGGAGACAAGAAGGGAGUCUGCACUUUACAGAUCUCAGAUCUACAGGAGGAAGACGAGGCAACCUUUCGCUUCAGAAUGGAAGCUGAUGACAGCAGAGCUUCUUAUACUGGCCGAUCAGGAGUGAGAGUCACAGUUGAAGAUGGUGCUCAGAUGGAGAUAAGAAGCUCCAGAGAUGAAGGAGAGUUUAAAAGAGGAGAAGAAGUCACACUGAACUGCACCACAAUCUGCUCUAUCCACCACCUGGAGGUCAGCUGGUUCAGAGAUGGCUCCGCCCUCUCAGAGUCUGGCCCCGCCCUCCAUCUCAGCAAUCUGACUGCAAAGGAUUCUGGGAACUACACCUGUGGUUUGAAGAAGAAGAACCUCACCCUCUCAGAGCCGUACAGCCUGCAUGUGGAGGAAGGAGGAGGUCUGCUUCUGAUCGUUCGUCUGGUGGUCGGGGUCCUGCUGGUUCUCUUCGCUGUUGUUCUGGUCGCUUGCGUCAUCAAAAGUUCAUUCAUUGGUGUGGUCAUUGGCAGUCUGGGGCUUUGUAAUGACAAGGAAGUGACCUCACAAUCCUUAUCUGUGUCUAAGGAAGACGGCGAGGAGGAGGCGGUGAGUGUCUCUAACCUCCACUGUCAUGCCUCAUAG